UAAGUUAAAUAAUAUGUAGGUGGAGAGCAAGUCAUUCAGGAGGGCUGUUUAAAUAAGCUAUUUUUGGGUCCAGUAAAACAUUAAUUAAAAAGCAGAUAUUGUGUUUUAGCUUGGGACAGCCGAGUUUAUGCCAAAUAAUAACUAACGGUAAUUAUGGACAUAUCUCAACUUCAAACAUUUUCGUUUUAUCAAAAUAAUCUCAACGGCUAAAUCUAAAUAAUACAAUUAUAUAAAAAAACAUGAAAAUUUGUUAAUACACGAUUAAUUAAAUUAAGUUAUUGCUUUUCAAAUACGAGUAUUCAUUCAUUCAAAGAUCGCGGGCUUUCAAAGCGCAUGUUCUGCACAAACUUCACAUGGCGGGCUUUGAAUCUCCCGUGUAAACAAAUUUCUAACCUCUAACGUCAAAUAUUCCCGACCAUAAAUUCAUGUUGUUUGUUUGGUUUUGUUUAAAUUGAAGUGUAGUGAUUAACCAGAAUGAACCACAAGCUGCGAACAGUAUCCAACAGUGAAACAGCAGCUACAUGUGAGAAAUAUUUAAACAAAAUGAUGAGACAAGAACAGAUGUUUGCUGUAAAAAGGUCGCCAGCUUUUAGACCCCAGCAAGAGAAAAUUUCACAUAUCGUGAAACAACCCUCAGUCAUUAAUCAACGCGUCAAACCGAAAGUAACGAUCAGAAAUCAAAGCCCAUUACAAAAAGCCACAGCUCAAGCUGUAUUGAACGUACAGAAUAGUGACAACCAGAGUAAAGACUUUUCAAAAGUUUCCAAACACAGAGCCAGGUCUGUAUCUGCCGUUCGAUUGGGAAAUAGAGAACGAGAAGCUUGGGGGCAGAUUUUGCAAUGCAAUAAGAGUAAAGAAAAAGUGUCACUUUUCAGUAAUUUUGACCCAUUGAGGACUUUACAUUUCUUAUCUAAAGAACUUUUUACAAAACUUGAAAAUGUUGUCCCAGAGGGGGAUGAGAUUCUUCAAAUGGUCGCUGACAUACAACAUGCACUUAAAAGAAUUCCUCCUGAAAUAUCUACAUUAUUACACCACCCACAUUCGGAUUAUCCACUAUCAGAGGCCUCAGGUGUCACCAUUAAAAGUACAGCAACCAAAACAUGUCAAACACCACCAACUUUGUAUCAAGAAGACACCGAGAAAUUUCAGAAAAUCAUGGAAGAAAACACAUACAGACUUGAAGCUAGCUGCAAACAACUAGAAAUCGUCUGCACAAAUCUACAAAAUGAAAAAGAAUUGACUGAAAAAGAGUUAGAUCAAGCAAGGGAAAAUGUUGAAAUGUUGUGUGGCCGUGUGAAAGAACUAGAAAUUGAAAUGGAAGAAAUCUCAACCAUGAAAAUAAAACAAUUAGAGGAUGAAAAACAAUAUUUACAAGAACAACUUGACAAAGCUACACAAGAACUGAGAGACAAUCCUGCUAUAAAUCAUCUAAAAAAAAUAGUAGACGAUUUGAAGAAACAAAAGAGCAUGUCAGAUGAGACUUGCGCCAGAUUAGAAUAUGAUAUGGCUUUGCUUAAAAUGGAAAAGGAGAAAUUUGUGACUAUGUUAGCUGUAAGAGACAAGGAAAUUAAGGAAAUUCAAGAAGAAAUGACUAAAAUACAAGACCAGGUUAAUACACAACUAAAAAAAUUGAAUGGUGAAGUUUUAAAACGUGCAAAUUCAUUAAAGUCAUUGAAAGAUUCAUCAAACAGACCACAAGAGAUUUUUCUAGAUAUCGGCGAUACUACAAUUUCUUCUAUCACAAGCAAUGAGUCUGACAAAGACGCAAUAAAUGUAAUUAAAGAAUCUCCAUGUGGUGAUGCAGAAAUGAACACAAUUGGGAAAGAGUCACAAGAUGAUUUUUUCCAAAAAUUAAAGACUGACGAAGUGGAAAUCAAUCUGCCAAUUGCUAAUGACAAAGAUCAAGAUAUGGGGUUUGAGGAUCUCCUUCAAGGCUUGACGCCUUCUGUUAAAGCUUUACUUGCAUCUCAUAAUUUGUUAACACUGUACUAAUGUAAAUAUCAACAGUGUUUGUACAUUCAUGAAUAUUUUGUAUACUUUAUUUAUUAUUAAAGCUUUUGUACAUUCCAAAAUGUUCUCUAUUUGGUUAUAAUUCUAAUUAAAAAUUAUUGAUAUCUAAAUAAAUA